AUGAUUCCCUUCUCUGUUCAAGGGGAAGGAAUUCAUCACUUGAAUGACGUAACACCGAAAACGUUCUCUCGUCAUAUAGUAGCAGUCGGAGACCUUCACGGUGACUACCCUAGCGCGAGCAAAGUCUUGCAAUUCUCUGGUGUUACAGACGAAAACGAUGACUGGGCUGGGGGCGUAGACUUCUUUGUUCAGACUGGGGACAUCAUCGACCGAGGCGACGAUACGACGAAGCUUUUCAAACUGAUGGACAAACUUCGAGAACAAGCCCCUCAGAAAGGUGGUACUGUUCUUUCGCAUCUUGGGAACCAUGAAUGGAUGAAUGUGAUAGGCGACUGGAGAUAUGUAUAUCCCAGUGAGAUCAAGACCUUUGGAACUGUCAAGAACCGGCAAGAAAUUCUCUCUACGGGCUGGCUAGGACGUUCUUGGGCGGCAAAUUAUACUACAGCCUCUCGACUUCCCCUUCAUCCUGUCUUGGGUCCACCAAACACGCCCUACCCUCCACCCUCAUCAAGCUCAUCUGAAGCCUCCGGUUCUCUCUCUCAUUCCGCAUUAUCGUUUGUCCAUGGCGGUCUAUCUCCGACAUACCACGGUCUAUCACCAUUCCCUUCAUACAUUAACACCCUCUCCGAUUCUCUCCUGAGAAAACUUCAAUUUCGGGUACAGCCUAAACCGCAUCCGCCCGGUCCAUACGUCGGACUUCCUCCUGACGCCACGCCGGAAGAAGCGGAGCUCUAUAGCUCUAAUGGACCUCUGUGGUAUCGAGGCUGGGCGACAGGAACCGAGGAACAAGUGUGCAAAGAUGUCGAAGCCGUCCUUGAGAAGACGGGGACUCGUAGAAUGAUUAUGGGACAUACACCAGACUUCGAAAAUAUCAAGUCCCGUUGUGGUGGAAAAAUUAUCGUCAUAGACACAGGCAUUUCUCGCGCAUAUGGUGGUGCUCUUUCGGCUCUGUCCAUUCAUUAUACACUCGAACCGAUCGGAACGGCAGAUGAUCCUGAGAAACAACAGUGGGAAGAACGUGAAAUAGUGGAAGCCUUGUACGCUGAUAGAAAGGAACUCAUCUCAGAUGAUAGAAGAGAAAUUGCUGGCGAUUUCCACUUGCGAUGA